CUUUGACUUAUGCUCUUUAUUCGAUUAAUGCAUAAAAUAAUGCACAGACCUACACUAAUGGAUUUCGUGGGGUGACUUACGAAGAUCAACAAUCCUGAUUACCAUCACAAGCCUGGCAAGAUGGCUUCCACUUCUACAGCUGGAUCGCAAGGUCUAAAGGUGCUAGAAGCAUCUCCGGUAGUAUUGGACGAUGCCAAUGAUGCAGCCGUUGGAAUCACGAUUCGAUUACAUCCAUUGCCCAUCAUAAAUAUGUCAGAGCAUAUGGUCAGAUCGUCUGUUCAACCGAUAGGAGGAAAGAGUAAUCGAAUUGCAGGAGCACUACUGGGAAAUCAUCUAGGACGAGAAGUGGAAAUUCAUACCACUUUUGAACUUUUGGUAGGAGAAGAAGAUCGAAUAGAUCAAGAAUACUUACGUGCAAGACAGGCUCAAUUCAAACAGGUAUUCCCUACUUUUGAUCUGUUGGGAUGGUAUUCCAGUGGAUCGAUUCCAUUGCCACAGGAUAUGAGCAUUCAUAGACAACUGCUAGAGUACAAUGAAUCACCACUAUUCUUGCAACUGUCUCCUUCACAAAAUGCAAUCGGUCAAGCACGUUCAAAGGGGGAGUUGCCAAUUGGCAUUUAUGAGACAUUCGUUGACGUUUCACACUCUGUUCGACCGGAUCAAGGUGAAGGAGCUGGUUUGGAAAAAGGUCCAGAUAUGUAUUUCAGACCUGCAAAUUAUCAAAUCGAGACAGGAGAAGCAGAGCGAAUUGCAGUUGAUCAUACAAGUAAACCUCCCGUCGAUGAUGGAGAUGGACAGAGUAGCUUGAUUGCCAAUUUGACAACACAACAAAAUGCGAUCAAAAUGCUUUUGGAUCGCAUUCAAUCCAUCGUUUCUUACGUGGAUGACGUUCAAGCAAAAAAGCUUCCAAACGAUCAUGAAAGCUUACGUCAAAUUGCCAGCUUGGUGGCCGGUAUUCCUGCAAGCGGAAAUUUACCAGAAUUCAAACAAGAAUUUUUGACGGAAUACAAUGAUCUUUUGUUGACUACUUAUCUUUCAGAUAUGACAAAUGGUAUAAGCACUAUGAACGAAUUGGUUGACAAAUUCGAUUUCACUCAAGUUGGAAAUGAUGACGGUCUUGGUGGAAUUGCAAGACCAUCUACUUCACGUUUUCGAUCAGGUAGAGGCGCACACCGAAUGGGACGCAAUGCCAAAAUGAAUCAGUAGACAUACACACGCUAGCAUCAAUUCAAACUGUAUAUUACUCAAUUUUUGAUUACCAA